AUGAACCGACAACAAGCAAACACAACAACAAAUACUCCAAGACCACCAGUAAAUAAUUACGCAAGAGCUGCUGCGCAGCAAAAACCAAAAAUUGUACAGCAAUCACAGCUGCAACAAACGCAACCGCAAAGACAAACGCAGCAUCCGACGCAAAAUAUUAAUACUCAACAACAAGCUUCUGCUGCCGCGGGACCUCUGUUGAAUCAUGGCUCAUCCUUAAACGGAAAGUCCAUGCCCACAACGAAAUCUCAGCCACAGCAGCAACAACAGCAGAAUUUGAAUAACGCUGUACAAUUCUCGACUGGCUCUCAUUUCUCAAACACAAAUGCAUCACCUACAACUCCAACCUCCAUACAAUUCGGAUCCAUUAAUCAACCUUCUUCCUCCUCGGCUGUUCCCAUCUCUCCUACGACACCAUCAUCCGCAAGCAAUUCCGGCGGGAAAGUGCCAACCCAAUUCCAGAAAAAUAAUAAUAAUAUGACGAUGGCUUUUGGACAAGUGGAAUUGGCACAUAAUUCAACUCAACCAUCGUCAAAUCAAACACAAAUAUCCACACCAGCAGUAGUAUCACCUGUAGUCUCUGGACCUGGACGGCCAACACGGUUUAAUGAAAUUCCCAGAACACAUUCGGCACCACCACAAACAAACAAUAAUGAUUCAAAUCAAAACAAAACGAACAAUCAUCAAAUUCAACAGACACAAGCCGUUGGACAUACACAGCCUGUAGUGCAUCAACAACCUGCUCAUACUACAGGACCAACUGUACUUAACAAUGCACAUCAAAUAAACAUAAACAGUCAUCAACAACAGUUAUCGUCUAUUACCACAAAUCACACAUCAAGUAUAACUACGAAUAAUCCGUUAGCCAAUACUACAGCACACAACAUAACACCAACCCGCCAAAUACACACAGGACACGAAUUACCGCAUCAUCGGAAAGAUUCCGUGUCCUCAAAUGUGUCCUCGAAUGAUGGACAGUCGCAGCAAUCAACACAUCAUCCUUCACAUCAACACCCUUCGCCUCAUCAUCCAAAUCAUAAUACUCAACAUAAUCAUGGCGGACAUUUUCAACAUCAUCCACAUCCUCAACGACAUAAUCCACAUCCUAAACAAACAGGUGGAAUGGGUCACGGUCCAACAGUAGGACCUGGAAUGUCAAAUCAAUAUAAUAAUCCAAGACCACCUCGGGAUAAAAACGCACCUUCGGCACAUAUUUCUCCAUCUCCUCACAUGAAUCCACCACAGACUAAUGUUCCCAACCCAACGCCAAUGGCGAUGCCUCCUCAACUAUCUUCUAUACCUCUUCAACAUUCUCAUCAAAUGUGGCCACAAUAUCGAAACUCAUCUGACCAGUAUCCUAUCCAGCAGUUUUACGAUUCAUACUAUUCUCCUGUUUAUCCUAUACCAUACCCCGUUACUACGCCUCGCGUUCCCAUCCCAACAUCACCUCAUGUCAACAAUUCAGCACAAAUCGUUCCCCCGGCUAAAAACAAGGCUAUUCCUAUAAUUAAUCCGCUAAGUUUGAAAGAAAAUCCUUUACCGCAAAAGUCUUCGUUACCAAAAAAAGACGAAACUCCUCCGCCGGCAGUAACAAUCGAACCAAAACAAUCAGCGGAAACUAUUGUGGAUAAAGAUAAACAAUUAACUGAAACUAAGGAGUCAAAAGCGGUAAAAAUAGUACAUCCUGCUGAAAAAGAAAAAGAGGAGCGAGAAAGAAAAGAGAAGGAAGAACAGGAGCGCCGAGACCGCGAGGAAAAAGAACGUCGAGAACGGGAGGAGCGUGAGCGGAAGGAACGGGAAGAAAAAGAGCGUAAAGAGAGAGAGGAACGUCAUAAAAGAGAACUGCGAGAACGCGAAGAGAGAGAGCGAAUAGAACGAGAAGAGAAAGUGAAGAAAGAACGCGAGGAAAAAGAACGCAAAGAGCGUGAAGAUCAGGAAAGAAAAGAGCGUGAAGAAAAAGAACGCAAAGAACGUGAAGAACGAUUAAGAAAGGAACGUGAGGAAAAAGAACGUGAAGAGCAAUUAAGAAAAGAAAAAGAGGAAAAAGAGAGAAAGGAGCGCGAAGAACGUGAAAGAAAGGAGCGAGACGAAAGAAUCAAAAAAGAACAAGAGGAAAAAGAGAGGAAGGAGCGCGAAGAACGUGAAAGGAAGGAGCGAGAAGAGGCCGAAAAAAUCAAAAGAGAACAAGAGGAAAAGGAGAGGAAGGAGCGCGAAGAACGUGAAAGGAAGGAGCGAGAAGAAACUGAAAGAAUAAAAAAGGAACAGGAGGAGAAAGAGCGCCAAGCAAAAGAAGAAAAGGUGCGUUUUGAUUUGGAGCAAAAGAAAAAAGAGGAAGAAGAGGCUGUUGCUACCGCUGCAAAAGCUGGCCGUCCAGGUCCUCUUGAUCUAUCAAGAGCCACAUCGACUCCUGCUCUUGGAAGUGCUCCGCUAAGUGCUUUAGGAAGCGCCCGGAUCAUUGAUGACUUGAAUAAUAUUACUUAUCCACCAAACAUUAAAUCACCAAAUCCGCAACUAAAUGCAAAUGCGGAACCCGGUAAAUUUAAAUAUGACAGGUCAUUUUUAAUGCAAUUUAUGGACGUUUGCAAAGACAAACCGGACAAUCUACCAGCUUUGGAUGCUAUUGGAAUGGAGGAAUCGAAAGAAGAUAAAAAACGUACUCAACAACGAAAUAUGGGAGGAUCAAGUGGAAGUGGAUCUGGUGUUGGUAAUUCAAGAACACCUCCGCAUAAAUCAGUUGGUACAUCUCAAUACACGAACAUGGGAGAAUUUAAAUCUCCACCAAAAACUAGCGAUGAGAGAUUCCAGCAAUCUACCACUAAUCUUAUCAUGAGCCGACCUAGUAGCAGUAGUUUCGGACGCGCACCACUUGGUAAUCGACCCGGAAGUAAUAACCCAUUAUUACCUCCUAAUGCUAUGUUAUCUAACAAUAAUCCACCAAGCCCGGGAAGAACUCCAAGUGGACGUGGCGGAGGCAGAGACCGACAAUCAAGAGGAAAGUCUCAACAUUCUCAACCCGGUGCUCCGACAAUUCCUCCUGAUCAAGUAGUUCCUCUUAAACAAUCUGAAAACCGGUGGCAACCUCCAACAAUUGCUGGAGGCCUGCCAAAUUCUACUGAAGACUUCAUUCCACUAGAAGUUGUCCAACGGAAAGUCAAAGCUUUACUAAAUAAAUUGACAUUGGAGAAAUUUGACAGAAUUUCUGAUCAAAUUAUUGAUUAUGCCAACAAAUCUCGCACCGAAAAAGAUGGUCGGAUUUUAAGAACAGUCAUCCAACUCACCUUUCUCAAAGCGUGUGACGAGUCUAACUUCAGUCAGAUGUAUGCACAGCUUUGCCGGAAGAUGAUGGAACGAAUUGAUCCGGAAAUCGUGGAUGAGAAUGUAAAGAGCCCAGAUGGUAAUAAAUAUGUACAAGGUGGAACUUUGUUUAGAAAAUAUCUACUAAAUCGGUGCCAAGAAGACUUCGAAAAGGGUUGGAAAGUAAAUAUACCAGUACCUAACGAUGCCAAUGGGGAACCCGAUCUUUUAUCCGACGAGUAUUACGCUGCUGUGAAAGCUAAACGUAUAGGCCUCGGUCUAAUCAAAUUCAUUGGCGAGCUCUUCAAGCUUACUAUGCUUACCGAAAGGAUCAUGCACGAGUGUAUAAAGAAGCUGCUCAGUAAUGUCUCAAAUCCAGAAGAAGAAGAGACGGAAAGUCUUUGCAAGUUGCUUACUACUGUUGGUAAGCAACUUGAUCAUCCAAAGGCUAAGGAUCACAUGGACGCCUAUUUCACUAGGAUGAAAACUAUGAGUGAUAAUCCAAAUUUGAGUAGUAGAAUAAAGUUCAUGAUACUUGAUGUCAUUGAUCUCAGAAAUAACAAUUGGGUACCAAGACGCGAUAAUAAUGCACCAAAGACAAUUGCAGAGAUCCAUGAAGAUGCCGCUAAACAGAAAGAAGAGGCCGAAUUCUUACGGCGGACGGCCAGCAGUGGUGGUUUGCCAAGACUCGACCAACAGUUAUCUAGAGUUGGCUCAGGACGACGGGAUCCACGCGACAAAGGAACACACGGAGGGAACGUUCCACCUAGUAACGCAGAUGGUUGGAGCACAGUCGGAAGCUCUUCAUCAGCAUCAAGAAAAACCGGCGACUUGUCCAAAUUUGGCUCUGUUUCACGAAGUAAAGUGUCUGCUGGUCUAAGCUUAGCUCCCGGUGGACAAGGGUCAUUCGCUGGUCUUGCUGGAGGGUCAAAAGGAUGGAAAUCAGAUAAUCGGGAUCGCGAUGACAAGCCUUCAGUAGCGAACCGGACAAGUCCAGUUCCUCCUACCACAAGCAGCACCAAUUCAUUUAGUAUAUUAGCACAUACCGAAAGUACAGAAGGACGGAAAAGUAUGGAUGGUGCUUCUACAAAUGCAGAGGCUGUGAAAUCGAUGGCAUCGACUUCAACUCCUCCGCAAGAACGGAGAAAAUUGAAUCUGCUACCAAAAGGAUCGACUCCAGGAAAUGUCCCUAUUAAAUCUACCGAUACUCUCACCAAAGAUACAACCUCGACAUCUGCUGAGAAACCAGCCGAAACUCCAAGUCUCGCAGACCAAGCAAGCAAAAAAAUAAAAAAUAUGAUCGAAGAAUAUUGGUCGGUGUUGGAUAUAAAGGAAGUAAUUGCAUGCAUGAAAGAACUUCCUCCUCAAUACCUAGCAGAAGCAUUUCUAAGCUUCAUAACUGGAGUUAUAGAGAAAAAACAAAAAGAUGUCAACAAUGUCGCGGAAGUCUUUAAAGAACUUACCUCAAAAGCAAUAAUAGGGAAGGCUGACGUAAAAAAAGCUUUUGAGGAUGCCUUGCCGAUUGUAGACGACCUUGAACUCGAUGUACCACAAGUGUCCGAGUUCACAGGUCAGCUACUCCAUAGCGCAGGACUUGAGAUUGAUGAAACAGCUGAAUUGGUCUCAACUAUGAACUUAUCAAACAUGGAGUCCUCGGCAGCAAAAACAAUGUUAGCCUAUCUCGAUGCCUUGAAGUCUGAAAUCGGAGAAACAGCAUUUGAGAACAAAUUAUAUGACUCCUCAUUCACGUUAAAGACCAUCUCUCUUAACGCUACCCCAGACCAAAUUAAUAAAGUUUUGGACAAACGUGGCCUUUCUAAAAUACGGAACAUCAUCAAUAAAUAG